AUGUCGUGCCACGAUCACGAGAGAGAUGCUCUUUUACAACUAGAGCGAAGCCUUUUCACUUCUUCUAAUUCGUCUGCUUACUUGAAGACUGCAUUUUGGAAGGCCGGAGGAAAUAGCAGUAACGAUUGCUGCUCGUGGGACGGGGUUGAGUGUGAUGAUACUAAUGGUUACGUUAUUGGUCUCGACCUCAGUAGCAGUCUAAUAACUGCUGCAAUUCACUCCAACAGCACCCUGUUUAGCCUUGUUCACCUUCAGAGCCUAAACCUUGCAGGAAAUAAUUUCAUGAACUCUUCAAUCCCACCCGAGAUCUCCCGUCUUUCAAGGUUGUCCUUUUUAAACCUCUCACACUCUUCAUUUUACGGCCAAAUUCCACUCGAGUUGUCAGGAAUGUCGAAAUUGACUUCCCUUGAUGUGUCCAAGAACUAUUUGUUUGGAGACUUUCCGAUUCCCAUUUUCAAUCUCCCAGGCCUGCUUGUUCUUAAUGUGAGUCGCAAUCAAAAUCUCAGUGGUUACCUACCAGAGUUCAACAAAACAAGCCCCUUGAGGGAACUAGAUGUUGGUUUGACAGAAUUUUCUGGUAUCAUACCGGCCUCAAUCGGAUAUCUGCAGUCAGUGACUAGGUUGCGGCUAAGAGAUUGCCAUUUUUAUGGAUCGAUUCCGGCCUCUAUUGGUAACCUGACCCAACUGGAUUACUUAUCACUUGCAUCCAACAUGUUUAAUAGUAACUCAGCUGAUCUUUCUUGGCUUCAGAAGCUAACUAAACUCACUGUGUUAAACCUUCAGGAUACUAAUCUACAUGGUAAAAUCCCAUUUUGGCUGAUGAACAUGACCCAAUUGAUUAAAUUGGAUUUGAGUCUUAAUGAACUAACAGGUCAGAUUCCUCGCUCAUUUUCUCAACUCAAGAACCUGGAAUAUCUAUCUCUUUCGAAAAACAACUUCACUGGUACAGUGGAGGCUGACAUUUUUUUCGGUUCUAGAAACCUUACAAUUCUUAGUCUAUCCGGGUGCAAGAUAACGUUAAAUUCCCCCCUUCAGAAUAACAUCAUUCUUCCACAGCUUGAAGUUUUACAAUUGACUUUCUGUAACUUGACAGAGUUUCCAUACUUUCUGCAGUUCCAGAGAAACUUAAGGUUACUUCAACUGAAUGGUAACAAUAUUCACGGUAACAUACCACACUGGAUCUGGAAUGCAAGUUGUUAA